AUGUCGUCCCACGAUAUAGAAAAGUCGGCCAUGAAGGAUGCGCCCGGCGUCCACGCUGCGGCACCUUCCAUCCAGGAAGGCGGCGAUGGCAAGGCAAGCGAUGUGGUUGCCGACAUUGUACACGCUGCCGAGGGAGAGUAUACAGCGGCUCAGUACGCCAAGGUACUUCGACGAGCAGAUUGGAUUCUUCUUCCCCUCAUGUGGAUUGUGUCUGGCACGCAGUAUGCCGACAAGGUGUCUGUCAGUACACAGGCUACCUUUGGGCUUCGUACAGACACGGGAUUGGUUGGUCAGCAGUAUUCAUGGUUGAGUUCGGUGUUCUACAUUGCCUAUCUCUUGGCCGAAGCACCUGGAAAUUAUCUCAUGCAAAAAGUCAACAUUCGAUACAUGGUCUCGAUAUCCAUGCUCAUCUGGGGUGUGCUUGUUCUUUGCAUUGCAUUUUGCCGAAACUUUGCAGAGUUGAUGGUAGUACGAACCCUUCAGGGUAUUGCUGAGUGCACAACAUAUCCGGCACUUCUUGUACUUACGGCAUCAUGGUACACAACAGAAGAACACAGCUCGCGCGUCAUGGUAUGGGGAACCGCGAACGCCGGUAUGGACGUGAUUACGAGUCUCAUCAACUACGGCAUCGGCAUGCGAGCAAAGCAGGACCCGACGGGGCUGGCGCCUUGGAAAGGCAUCUCGCUCUUUCUCGGCUCCCUUACCAUUGUGCUCUCGUUCAUUGUCUACCUCGUCUUUGGCACGCCACGAGAAGUCCGCUGGCUCAGCGCCGAGGAGAAGCGCAUUGCCUAUGCUCGCGUCGUCGCCAGUCAGACGGGUUCGGAUGCCCAGGAGCGGACGCAGUGGCGUUGGGAUCAGGUUCGGGCUUCGUUCCGUGAUCCUCAGCUCUACUUUGUCUUCUUUUUCGUCGUCAUCAACUCUAUUCCCAAUGGUGGAGUCACGGCCUUUGGCAACUUGGUCUAUGUCUCUUUUGGAUUCUCGAGCUUGGAUACCAUAGUCAAGGGCAAGAUCCCUCAGCAGUUACUUUCCAUUGCUGUUUUCGCCGCAGCCGGUAUCCUUACGAGAAAGAAGGCCAACCUUCGAAUGUAUGUUGCUGCACUCUCCGUGGUCCCGUCCUUUGCCGGCAUGCUCGGACUGGCUCUGUUGCCAAAGACCGGCCACCUGUGGACAAGAUGGGGCGUGUACUUUAUCACGUCCAUCGGAAAUGUCGCUGCACCGAUGACAUGGACUUUGAUCCCUUCCAACAUUGCCGGUCGAACGAAAAAGUCUGUCAUUUCUACAGUUCUUUUGAUUGCAUACUGCACCGGCAACACCAUUGGUGCUCAAGUAUUCCAGGAAAAAGAUGCCCCAAGGUACAUUCCCGCCAUUGUCGUGUGCUCUGUCAUGUACGGAUUACAGUUCGUCAUCUUGAGUAUAUGGAGGCUUUAUUACAUUCGCCAAAACCGAAAGCGCGAUGCCAUGGUGCGCGACCUCGGAAUGUCGGCCGAGGAAGCAGAGCAUCAAGGCCGUCUGAAUGCGGAAUCCGACAUGACGGAUGUCGAGAACGUUCAUUUUAGAUACAACAUGUAG